UCUCCUCUUCCAUUGUUCUUCCUCUUUUUAGCUAGAUUCUCAUAUUCACUCUUAUUGUGCUUCACCUAGCUAGGAUCGAUUCUGAAGCCUCGCCUCUGCAUCUAGGAUUUAUCUCAAUUGUGAGCUCUUUUGUUUGUGUGAAGAUUUCAGCUGUGAGGUUAGUGUUGUAUCAUGGAUCCAGCAAGAUACUGGAUGCUGAAUAGAAGAAAACUGAGUGAUCAUAAGGAGGCUCUCUUUACCACCGCAAUCGCCGUCGGCAGAGGAGGUAGCAGCUCGGCAUCCUACUACGGGUCAUGGGAGGAGCGUGCCUUCGACGAGGACUCUGCAGGGCAUCUCGGAGGUUACAUCUGGCCACCGAGAUCCUACUCCUGCAGCUUUUGUGGCAGGGAGUUCCGGUCAGCCCAAGCACUCGGUGGGCACAUGAACGUGCACAGGAGGGAUAGGGCAAGGCUCAAGCUUGCAGGGGUGGCUGAUGAUGGUGAAACCGAUAACCAAAUCAUGUCAGACCAUCAAAGCUACUUGAUCCAGCCGUGCCCUCCUCAAAUUGCCGCUUUGCAGCAGGCCUAUGGUGUAAAAUCAAGUGCUUCUAGCACUGAGACUAACCCUAAUCUCAUAUGCAGUGUUCUUCCGUGUCCUUCUAGAUCUUAUGUUCAAGCUGCAACCAGAAGAACUGUUUGGGGCGAACAAGUCUCGAGUACUCCAAUCUCCUCGCUUCAAGCUUACAAUAUUGAUUAUGGUAAGAAAGAGGUGAUUCUAGAUGCUUCUCAAUUAUCCCAAGAUGCUAGACCAAAAGAAAAGAUGUGUUCUAAAAUGGAAUUGGAUGGCGGGAGAUGUGAACUGAAGCUUAGUGUUCUUGGUUGCCGGACAAGAAGGGAUUUCGGUGCUAGUGACGAUGAUGAAAUUUUCCAAGCUACGUGUAAGAGAAAAACAGUUGAUUUGGAGGCAUCUUCUUUGGUUCUUUAUUCGUCCCAUGAAAAGCUUCAAGAAGUUGACAAAUAUGAUGGUGAUGAGAAGCCGAAUGGUGCAAAGGUACUAAAACUUUGUCCUAGCUCCCCAAUUGAAGAAUUAGAUCUUGAACUUAGGCUUGGAGCAAUGCCAAAAACAUUGUAGGUUCUGUUAAUUUCAAGACUUGUAUCUCAAUAGCAUUGCAAAUGGUUUGUACUUAUCCACCAUUCCUCCAUAUAAAUGUGUGUUUGAGCUAUUCAUUUACGCCCUGGUUCCAUGAACACAUCAUCAUUGUUUCUCUUCCAGAAUAAAACUGUACUUGAACGUUGAUAGGAGUUCACAAUCGGUUUGUCAAAUGUUACAUUGUAAUAAGACUUUGAA